GUAAAUGAGCACGAAUUGGCUGCUAUGCAUGUAAAUGUUUUAGAUAUAUUGAGUAGAGCCAUGUGGAAUGAUGCAAAAUUUCUGUUUUCUAUGCGAGUGGAGUUCGUCCCGAAAGCCUCCUAAUCUCCGAAUUCCGAAGCUUCCGAACUGUCGCCAUUGCUUCGCCCCCAAAAUAUUGGAAAUCCAUAAGUGCUGAGCCCUGAAACCCUAAUUGCCGAGAACUAUCAUUUUCUCUGCCGACCUGCCUCCGAAGAUCUCGAAUUUUCCGAGCCUUCUCUAUUCGAAUUUGUGAGUUAUGGUUUUCUACCCUGCAAAAAUGCAUGUGUUAUGGUAGAUGUCGAGAACCAGAUAGCAGUGUUCAGCUCUUCUGGCGAUAAUAUUUUUGUGCCUAUAAAUGGCAGCUGGUCGACAAAGGAAGCGUCUAGAAAGUUCCAAUUUGCACGAGCUACGCGGAAAGAAGAAAAAGAAAAUAGACUCAUCAGAAUAUAUUUUGAACUUGAGAUCACAUAUACAUUUAGAAUGGGAUAAUGCUCAAAAGAGAGUAGUGGCAAAAAGGGAGCAAAUUGGGAUACCAUGGAAAGACAUGUCUCCUUUUGUUGAUUCGGCGCCUAAGUUUCAUUCUGGUUUAGCUGAUGUUUUUUCUCUUCCCAAAGAAGUAUUCAAUUUGGAUAAUCUAAUGGAUGUGGUUUCUCAUAAGGUCUGGAUGACUUGUCUAUCUGUAUCCGAAAGAAAGCUUCUCAUGGAGUUCCUUCCUAGUUGUGAUUCUACCGAAAAAGUAGUUCAGUCAUUGCUUAGUGGGGAGAACAUUAAUUUUGGAAAUUCUUUCCUCAAAUGGUCUACCUUACUUUGCUCUGGUGAUCUACAUCCAGAUGUUCUUCUUCAAAAGGAACGGCAAACCAGGUUGAGUAAGAAACAAUAUAAUUUGGAGAUAAAUAAGUACCAUGCUAACAUGGUUUCAAUGUUCAGAAUGUUGAAGGAGAAAUCAGAAACCUGUGAAGAUCCGGAGAAGUUUUGGAGGAAGCUAUCGAUUCAGAAUAAUAGUGGCGAGGGAGCUAGUGCAGAAAUGCCUGAUGGCUUUCCCAUACAUAAAAAAGAUCUGCCUAUGAAAAUGUGCAAUCACCAUGCGGAUGUGGCUAAAUAUAUGUCUUAUAUCAAGGUAAAUAAGAAGCAAUUAAAAAUGAUAAAAGAGUUAAAGAAUUCUGGUGACCACAUUCGAUCCAAAUCCAUUAGCCGUGUGCUCGGUGACAUAAAAAAUUUUCAGAUUUAUCCAUACGAAUCAUAUGAGGACGAAGAAAAUAAGAAGCUUCAAAAACAUUGGGUCCAAGUUACUAAAGAUACCCUUCCGGCUUUGGAAAAGUUUAAUAAGAGGAAGUUCAUGAAAAUUCAACGUAUGAAAUGCUUGGAGAAAGAGCUGACUGAAUCAAGAGCUUUCAUUUAUGAUAAGGCUGAAAAAUCAGUUCUAGGGAGCUCACCUGAGUAUCUGGUGGAAGCAGUCAGAGAAACUGAGCAUCAUUCUGCCCUCACGACCGUUGAAGGAGAUUUUCAUUUCCAUUCUCUCUCCUCGCAUGAUUGUAUGUUGGAUCGAAUACCUUCUCUCAAUGCCCUUCGAGAGCUCGACUCCUCAAUUUCGGAUCAAAAAACAGGAACUGAAAAUACUGUGAAGCCUGCUAAAGAUGAAUCUGUUGAUAAAAUGUAUUCCUUUCAGAUUCCCAAAAGCACGUUAAUUUCCUCUUCCAAUUACCAGAAGCCUUCAGAAGCCGUUAUUUUUACAUCUUCCGCCGCACCGAUCCAUCAAUGCCAACAUUUUAAAGUUCAACCCGUACCGAUAUUCGAUCCGGAAAGAGCGAGCUUACAAACAAAUGCUGGGAGGCCCCUCUCCUCUGCUUUCAAUGUUGAAACUACUUCUCAAAUGUUCAAUUCUUAUAGCCAGAGGCGUGUAGAACUAAGCCGACUCGGACCACAAUUCGUAAUGAAUAAUGGAAAUCCGCCGGGAACCAAUUGUUUCUCCCUUCUCAAUGAUAAACAGAUGCACAACAAAGAAUGUCAUGCUCACAAGAAAGAGCUUUUCGCACGAGAUAUGAUCGAUGACAACAUUUGCGCAAAGAUCAGAGAUUGGCUUCCUAAUGAGCAUCAGCCACACAGAGUUUGGUCUGGAAUUGAAUCUUCUGGGAGCGGAGUCGAGAGCAGCGGUGGUAAUGUGAGUCGACUCAGUGUCCCGUCUGAGUUCAGAGAUUUUCCGUGUCGAUCUUCGUUCGAGUCUUCGGGGUUGGAACGAGUGUUGCCGGCACGGAAUUAUGUUGGUGUGAGCAGCAUGCCUGAUCCAUUUACUAUGGCUUCAUCCUCUCCAUUGGAUAUUAUGUGGAUGAAUUAUUCCCAUCAGAACACCCCAAGUCUUCAAGAAUCUGUUAGGAAGGUAUUCAUGUGGCAUCGGCAGCAAUAACAGAAAUCUGAAUUGCUCAAAGGCUGAGUCUUAUGAUUGACAAGCCCUGUAAGCAAAGCUUAUGAUUAUGAUUGUGCAUAAAAUUAUGGACAAGAAUAAUUAUACAAAUUUGUAUUUUUUUUAAACUUUUUGAAGAGAAAGGACUUUAUUUGUUUU